CCUAUAAAACUAGAAUGUCCCUCUUCCUUAGGGUUUGAGAAGCAAAGACUGCGCCGACUUUUCAAGUGUUCCACUUUCUCUCAUCCUAAAGUUAAAAACCCAUUCCCUCUGAAAUGGCGGAACCUUCAGCAAAUAUCCUUAAACAAACCCUAGAAGAAACCCUAGAUGGAGAAUCUGAUAACAUUGAUAGACUCAGUGCACUUCCCGAAUCUGUUCUUCUCUCCAUUCUUUCAUGCUUGGAACUCAAAGAAGCUGCAGCCACCUCAGUUUUAUCCACAACCUGGAGAGACAUCUUCUUACAACUUCCCAACAUUUGUUUAAAUUUCAAUAUCAAUCGAAAUCCUCCUGAGCAGGCUCGACUGUUUCACAUCUUCACACUCUUUGCUGGUAGAGUGUUUCGAGAGAGAAACCCAGAAGCACCCGUUUGGUUUCUCAAGGUAUCUGUGAGUAAUUUCACUCAAAUGAUGGAAGAAGAUUAUAGAUCAUUGUUGAUGUCCGCAGCUGCUGCAGUGUCCACUCAAAAGGUGUACCAAUUCGAUCUUCGUCUUACCUGUAGUUUAUUAAUUGAGUCAUUGAACAUUGUUCUUCCACCUGCAAUGUUUACAUCAGAGACUCUAACUAUUUUGCGUCUAACCCUUUAUGCGGAUUGGGAUGUUCCAAAAAAUGUUUGGUUGCCCAAUUUAAAGUAUGCUCACUUCAUUCCAUAUAGAUUGAUGCAUGAGAAUUCUACUCAGAGGUUUCUCGACGGGUGUCCUAGGCUGCAAGGUCUGAUACUUAUGAUAGGGUACAUAACGGAUUCGUAUGAGACUAAUGUCAAAACUCUUCGCAUAUCAAGUUCCUCCUUAAAAAAUUUGAGGCUUGGUUGGGAUCAGAUGGAUGAAUCAGAGAUAAUGAAUAUCAUUGUGAAGUCUGAAAGCCUUGAGAGGUUGACAUUAUCUCUUACGGGAGGUCACAGAGUGAAUGUGGAUACACCAAAUCUGAAUUUCUUCUCCAUUACUGGUUAUGUACUUGAAUUGAACAUGAUUCAAAGUCUUCCCUUAAUUGAUGAGGUUGUUUUGGAUGUUCAAUAUAUUAUUCAGUCCUCAACAUACCCUCAAACUCAAGACGCUUCUACCUUUUUGAGAGCUUUGGAAAACGUUAGAUUACUCGACAUAUCAGAACAAAGCAUGAAGGCUCUGUAUGAAUCUACAUCGGUGGUACCCAUUUUCAGAAACAUGUAUAAGAUAAGUCUUAAUUAUUGUAACCUUUUCCCGCAUAGCAGGAUUCAACAAGUGUUAUUCAACUUGUUUGAAAAUUGUCCUAACCUUCAAGUGCUUUUCUUUGAGAAGGUUAAGGUUUUUCACCACUACUACUACUUUCAUCAUGUGGAUUUUGAAUCUGUUUUCCCUAUAAGCAUGGUUCAAAAUCUGAAGAGGUUAGAAAUAUUUGAUUUCAAAGGUCGAGAAAUGGAAUACAAGCUGGUGGAAUUUUUCAUGAACAAUGGACCAUGUCUAGAGACUGUUUUUCUGAGAAAAGAUCAUUUGAGAGGAAUUUGGAAACCAGAACAAGAACAGAGAAUUGUCUCCAUGAUGUGCUCAGAAGAGUGUAACAUUAUAUUGAGUCAGAACUUGGAGUCCAAGAUUAUAUCCAUCAAGAAGUUGGAUUCUCCAUGAUUGUCCACGGCAACGACUCUGUCUCUGUAAAAGUAUGUUAUUUUAUUGUGUUUUUAAUAUUGUCUGUCAUAUUCUACUAUCGAACACCACCACCUACCUCUUCUUCGGCUGGUAGGUUUUUCAUAUUGUCUUUGUUAUAUUCGAUUGUGUUCCUUGAAGAGACAACUGAGCUUUUGUUUUUUAAGGUUUGUAUGUUAACCGUUGGCAUAAAACAUUAUGUUUGUUUUCUA